AACUCCCGGCGACCCCAAGUGCGGGGAGGACGGUUGGCACUGUCGCUUUUGAAAAAGCAGCCGUCGUCCGAUUACUACGGCUACAAUAACAAAUGACCGGCAAAAAUGUAAAGAGCCGCAACGCGGCCAACGCCGAGAGGGGAUCCGAGUCGGUGAGCGAGCGGGUCCUCAGGGAGUGCCACUCGCUGUACGGAGAGCCCGGCACCGGUUUGAUAGACAUCGCCUCGAAGCUGAACCUCCAUUUGCUGCCCCCUCGGAAGAAGAUCAACGUUAUGUUAAUGGGCAAUCACUCUGCUGGCAAGAGCUCUUUUAUUAACUGGUACGUGGAGGAACAUAUCCAGCGAACAGGAGUAGCCAUCGAGACCCAGGGCUUUACGUUUGUGACCAGCGGGCGCAAGAGGGAAUCACUGACAGGGAAUGCGACACUCCAUCUGUACCCACACUUCAAACCACUCCAGCAGAUCGAAGGGGUAUCGGAGUACCUUACCACAGAGAUCUCCACAUCCAAACAGAAGAAGUUCAGCCUGCUGACCUUUGUAGACACUCCGGGAUUGGUCGAUGGCGAUAUGAAGUAUCCCUUCGAUGUGGACAAGGCCAUUCUCUGGCUCGGUGAGUUGUGUGAGCUGGUGUUUGUGUUCUUUGACCCGAUGGGCCAGGCCCUGUGCACGACGCUGAACAUUGUCGAGAAGCUGAAUGAGGCACAUGGGGAGAAGAUUCGCUUUUACCUCAGCAAGGCCGAUGAGGCAGGCUCGGAGUGUGACCGACAGGUGGCCACAUCGAUCCCCUUAUCUGCUCCAUCUCUCAGUUCGACCCCCAAACACAAAGGCUACAGGCUCUUUAAAACCUGCAGCGAGCUGCCCCAGCGGAGAAAUGCAGCCCGCCUGCGACUAUUCCACCAUGAGGUGCCUCGCCCAAUGCCUCCUGCUCCUCUGCUGCCCAAGGAAGAUGGCGGCCCCAUCCCUCCCCCUCCAAAAAUUCGGCUCGGGGGAGCGCCACUCACAAAGAUGGCCACGACCGCUCCUCACUUCAUCAGUAUGUAUACGGAGAGUGCCCCCGACAAAGAUGACCACCACGGCUUUCGGCAGACGGAGCAUGCCCCUCACAAAGAUGGCCGCCACAGGCACACCCGGCUAUGA